GUUUGCCGCCGAAACCGAUUGCUCCCUAGAACGCAAAAGACGCAGAUUGAGAUUGGGCAAGGAGAUUGGGGAGAUCAAGGGGGACAGGGAUUGUACGGCGCAAGGGCGAGUGGGUUUAUAUACCUGCAUACCUUGACCUUGGUCUGCAAUUUGGUUUUGAAACUUAUUUGAAGUGAUUGCGCAUUCAGCGUUUGAAGUCGUUUACGUUGAUGCGUGUCUUGGCUGAGUAGAAUAUCGCCUACAGCUUGAGCCGGCAGCCCCACUGCGAGCUCCACUGGGCACUGAUUCCAUUGCCGACCGCGACCGAGUACCACCUCAACCUUGCCUCAACCUACCGUGGAUUGGCUGAGCGAGGCUGAGCAACUCGUUUGAGUUGAAGUUGAUUCCGGUCGAGAUUGGCUGCUGAUUCGGCUGUAGCGCAGGAAUAAAACGCGCCAUGGACGCCAAGCUCGCACCGACCAAGGCGUCCGCGAUGGCCAACGGAGAGGCGGCUGGCGCGCCCAAGAGUUUCAAGAGGAGCAACUCGCUGCAGGACAAGACACCCGCCCAUUCCAAGCCCGGGGCGGCGGCUGCCACCGCGCGCCGGCUGCGCUCCAUUUCCAUUUCGGAGCCGCAGCCGACCAAGGCGCAGCCCAAGUUCUCCAAGAACAGCAGGAAGUCCAGGAGCGGCUUCGGAAGGGGGCUGCCCAAGAAGGGCGGGGCCGGCGGUAAGGGUGUGUGGGGUAAGCCGGGCUCCGAGCUGGACGGCGUGGCCAGCGCCGUGGACUCGCACGACCCCAACUACGACUCCGAGGCCAUGGACGAUGACGUCGAGCUCGAGCCGGUGGCCGUCCAGCUGACCGCUGACGAGGUCAAGCGGCUGGCGGAGACGCUCGUUCUCGAGUACUUUGACCACGGCGACACGUCCGAGGUGGACAGGGCACUUACCGAGAGCUGGGACGUCAUCAGCAUCAAACUGCGCUACCUGGUCGUGGUGGCGAUGGUGGAGCUGGCCAUGGACCAUAAGGCCUCGCACCGCGAGAUGACUUCCGUGCUCAUCUCUGACCUCUACCAGGAGUGUCUGACGCAGACAGACAUCUGUCGCGGUUUUGAGGCGCUGCUGGAGCAGCUGCCGGAGCUGGUGCUGGACUGCCCCGACGCGCCCGAGAUCCUGGGCAACUUCAUGGCACGCUGCAUUGCCGACGACUGCCUGCCGCCAAAGUACCUGUCUGGCCACAAGGGCAAGGUCGAGUGCCGAUUGGCCAUUAAGGCACUGGACCGCGCCGACCUACUGGUCAGCUCUCCUCAGGGCAUGUCGCGCCUAGAUAACGUGUGGGGCACGGGCGGGGCGCGUCGGCCCGUGCGUGCGCUGGUCUCGCAGAUGGUGCAGCUGCUGCAGGAGUACCUCAGCUCUGCCGACUGCGACGAGGCCAUUCGCUGUCUGAAGGAGCUGGAGGUGCCGCACUUCCAUCACGAGCUGGUGUACGAGGCUGUGACCAUGGCCAUCGAGCGCUCCGACCGACGCUCCACCGACGAGAUGGUCCGCCUGCUCAAGACCAUGUACGGCGCCUGCGUGCUCACUACCAACCAGAUGGACGAGGGUUUCCUGCGCGUUUACGAGGCGAUGCCGGACACCCAGCUGGACGUUCCCGAGGCGUACACCCUGCUGGAGCGUAUCGUCACGCUGGCCUUCCAGAAGGGGGUCAUCUCGCGCGACACCAUGCGUCGUAUGCCCACCAAGGGCCGCAAGCGGUUCGUCUCGGAGGGCGACGGCGGCCGCAUCAAGGUCCGCGAGGCGCCCGGGCUCGUGUUCUGAGCGCACCGCGGCGGCGGCGGCCGCGACGAGCAGCGGCGCGGUGUGGCGUGCAGUGACGCGGUGUGACGUGAUGGCUGUGUGGAGCGGGCUGCCGCGCGCCCCAGGUCCCGUGGCGGUGCGCGGUUGACCGGGGCGCGCGGCGGCACUGCCUGGGUGAGAACGACGGGAGCCCGGCUCAGGCGACUGCGGCGGCAGCGGCGGCGGCGAUGGCGGCGGCGGCGGAAGUGAUAAGAAGUGAUACAGUUUAUGUGGGCGGCCACAAGAGAUGACGGUGGCGCCUAUUACAGGGAAGGAACUGAUGAUGGCAGUGGGUGUAACCGGCAGCGUUCUCCUGGUUGUCGGCCGUGAUGGCAAAGGAAGUUAUCGCGACAGCCGCGCUCGACGGUUUAAUGCUGGCGCCAGGCGACUCUGCUGGUGAUCGAAGGAGAUAUGUGUUUGGACGGGAAGCAGACAUGCUGCGCCGUUGAGCGUGUCUGUCGAAGCUCCCGUGGUCUCAGGUAACUGUUACACCGUUGAAGCCGGAGGCUAUGGCCACCAGCCGGCGUGGUCGUCCGUGCGAGGAUAUGCCCGAACCGGCCUCCGCCGGCCGCUGCCGCAGUCGACUGAGCCGGCGCCCCGCGUGACUCCCCUUUCUGUGAGAUGAGAAGUACAAACACUGGGCUGGUGACGCCGCCCGCUGUGCACCCUUAUCACCCAUCCAUCCUGUGUGGUGGGCCCGGCCGCGCCCGGUCGACGCCCCACCACUCGGCGGCGUCCCCGGCCGGCCGGCGGCGCGCGGGCCCACCGGGCCCAGCUCUGUUUAGUCAGUAAGCUCUCUAAUCCUGCUGUGACCCAAAUAUGGAUGCUAUUCUUGUGAGGAAUCGGUAGAAACUAGCGGCUCGUGUUCCCGGCCUAGCGUGGCGCUGUAGCUGGUUCUCGCGUCUGUCGUUUUCUGGGAGACGGGCUCCAAACCGGUGGUUGUGCUGGGGUGGGUUAUAGUGACUAGAGCUAGUCAGACUAUUGAGACAGAUCUGUUUUGUUGUGAGUAUUAUUGAUUGUUUGGAUCUGAAUGCUAAUUUCCGGAGCAUUUCAAGUCUCGGUGCUACCUUUGCAUUACGGUAAUUUUUAGUGUUUUAUUUUUAAGUCAGACCACCGAGGUAAAUAAGAAUCUUGUGUGUUAACUGUUAAGUCAUUCCUGGGAGAUGCCUUUCUGCUUUCGCGUGUGUCGAUUCGAAUCAAUACAUUACUGAGCCGCAAACCUAA